AUGGGAGUAGGCGAAGUCGGUCGUCCGCCUGGCGGUCGGACCGACGACGUCAUCGCCGCCCGAAUCCUCCCAUCUCUCGACCGUCUUCAGCCAUGGAUGAUCCCCAUCGCCGCCACAGGUACUACGAGUACUUCAGACUCUGAGAUCGACAAGCACUUCGUCUUUGAAUCGCUUUGUAACUUUUAUCCAACCACAGAGAUCUUGCCGUCUCCCAUACAGCCGCGGAAGAUUUCCGUCGGGGACAGACUCUUCGAAGUUCGGCAUCCUCGGCCUGGCGAAAUGAUCAAAGAAGCGGUCCAAAUGGCUGUCUGGCCAGCUCUUCCAAGGUUCUAUUCGUUGAUGUUUUUCGUUUUUCCGAGUUUCUCCUAUUGGAAGUGAGACGAUAUAUCAGCUUAUCAUAGGUCCUCUCAUCAGUAAAUAAAUAAUUUUGUUUUCAACAAGAAUGAUCAUCUGAAAAGUUCUUUUUUUACCUAACAAAAAUGAUUAUUAAAAAAAGGUGAUUUUUUUGGGGUCUUAACUUUCUCCGUUAAUACUCUUGAGAAAUUCUCCAAAGCAGAAAAAAUAGAACUUUUAAGAACUAUACGAAAAAAAGUUGUUUGUUUCAAUCGGUAAUUAUCGUGAAGAAAGCGCUAAAAAUCAUUUUUUAGCCGAAAUCAUUUAAGUUUCUGCAGUCAAGGACCCUUGAUUCCAGUGGCACUUUUUCCCAUAAUCAAAUUUCGUUGUUUUGUUGACUCAACCUAUUUAUUUGCCAUUGUUCAUUAUCAUUCAAAAAUUUGUUGGCUCUAAAAAACGAACAAUGGUUUUGAAAAAAGAAAAUGGGAAUUUGUAUUUGAGCGUGUCGAGAACGACUAUUUUUGUAGUUCUGCAGCAGUUAUCGGCCCGAUUUGCCAGUCGGCUUGCUCCUACCGUAGGUGUCCAUUAGUCUGCCACACUGGAAAUCGCAUCAAAUUAUACAAUUGGAUGAUUGUUUUUGGCAUUUUCGCCCUUGCUGCCAACCUCGACGCAUUUGUCGCCUGA